GAGCGAACUGAUGUUUGUAGCAGUAAUUAUGCAUGCAUCGACUCGAGUUCGUUUAUGUUUAUUCAGAUUUUGCUAUUAGUGCUUCAUUGUAUACUAGUACUAUAUAAUAUCAAGAGUAAAUAUCGCCAAAACUAGGUUUUAAUAUUUAUGGAUGUGGAAAUUAAUAUCUUGUUUACCGAGUUCUCAGAUAAAGGGCUUGUAAGUGAACUUUUCAAGUUUUAAAGCACUCGUACUUUAAAGCUGAUAAGAGGCUGGGGCGUGAUAAACGAAAGUGCUUGAAACGACAACACAAUGGAGGUAAAUCAGUCAUUCGACCAUGUCGGGGUUUUUCCGCGCACUGAGGCGUGUCGCCAGCCGAAUGUCACUCAGACGUAAGAAAAAACGUCGACCCAACUUAAAACGGACUUUGGAACAAGAACCAAAGGAAGAAAUUAAACCGAAUGCUCAGUCCAGCAUAGAAGCAGAUGACAAGCUUGAUUUUUCAAUUUCAGUAGACGUUUACAGAGAAAGACCAAUCGACGUCACUGACGCUAACGGAAGCGUCGCAAAACGAGACGAAAACAUGGCGGACAAGACGAAAUCGUAUGACGAUACGUCUUCGUUAUCUUCUGACUCGGACGAGAAAAAGACCCCGACCACAAAGUCGAAGAACAUAUUUAGAAUGAAAGUAAAAGAAAAAGUUUUGAAGAAACAAUUUGACGAGUGUGACCCGGAAGUGUGCGUGGACAUGCUGAAAUCCCCGACCGUCAAGGCGUUCACAGCCCUCAAAAACAAACUGAAGAAGUCGGACAAGGUCUGGGUGCAGGGCUUUCUGGACGCUGGCGGGCUCGAUGUGUUGUUGGACGCUGUUGACAUCAUCGGGAGCCGACGCGUCACGAACCUGUCGGAGGCACUGAAGCUGUUGGAGUGCGUCUCGUGCGUCACCAAACUGGUCAACUCCAAGAGUGGGCUCUCUUUCUUGGUCACCCAUGGCAGUUAUACCCAAAAGUUGGUCAAGGCCCUUGACACUAAUAAUGUGAUGGUAAAGAAGCAAGUGUUCGAACUGUUAUCGGCACUGUGCGUCUACUCUACUGAUGGAUUCAGACUCACAAUGGAUGCGCUUGACAGCUUUAAGACGCUGAAAAAACAGAGAUACCGCUUCAGUCUGAUCGUGAACGAACUCAGAAUGGCCGACCUGGUCCCAUACAAGACCACGCUAAUGGCGUUCAUCAACUGUAUCAUCGUGGCUAACGAAGAACUUGAGGACAGGAAUAGAGUCCGCAAUGAAUUCAUCGGAUUAAACAUACUGGACCUAAUAAACAAUUUACGUAACGAAGACGACGAAGAUCUGAUUAUCCAGUGCGACGUUUUCGACGAGGAGAAGCAGUCUGACGAUGAAGAAAUGGCGGCCUUGAAUCCAGCCUGUGUUGAUAUUAACGACCACAAAGAGGUGUUCAACGCUCUUUACCACAAGGUCUACAAUACUCCUAUAGCCGAUGUGUUCCUAAAUGUACUGCAAACCCUUCUUCAAAUCGAACCGGAAAAUCCGCUGAGUGACGUCCAAUGGAACAUUGUGGAGACGUCGGUACGAAGAGCCUUUCUGAUCGACGAGGCCCACGUCAACAGAUCUGCCCUGGGGGGAGCAGAUUUACUACCCAGGUACCCGGGGAAGUCCACGGGAGUUCAGACCGACCCUAUCCCCCUUAACAGAACGCUGUCCGAGCCACCUCGAGGGAACGUUCAUUUAAUGACCAGUGUUAUAAAAGAACAUUCCGCAGAUAUUAAAGAAGCUUUAGAAGCAAGGUUGAGUAGUCAUCCAAAGCCUACCUGUGAUACUCUCAAGCGAAUUGACAAGGAGAUAGACCGGUGUUUUGAUUUUGUGAACGACAAUCCAUCGUCCCCUGAUGACGUUAAAAAUGACGGCGCUUCAGGGCCAUCUUCCCAUUUAACAACGAAUGAAGAGAAUAUUAGCAGUUCAGAAACAUCAACGACAUUUUCACCCCCUCCACCCCCUCCCCCUCCACCGCCUCCACCCCCUGUACCAGGAAGUCAAGAAUCAAACCGAUGUCCUCCUUUUAAUUCAUCUGAUUCAGCACCUGUCCCUCCUCCACCCCCACCUCCACCCCCUCCCCUCCCAGGUACGGGUCAUUGUCCCCCUCCACCUCCCCCUGCCCCGCCCCUUCCACCUGGUGUAGCCCCACCCCCUCCUCCUCCGCCACCACCCCCUCCUCCAGGCAUGGGGCCACCCAUACCACCCCCUCCCCCGCCACCUCCAGGAGUUGGAAUUCCGGCCCCUCCCCCACCUCCCCCACCCCCGGGUUGUGGACCUCCGCCUCCUCCGCCGCCACCUGGGAUGGUGAAAGCACGACCAGCUCCACUGACAUUCUCCAGUAAUCAAAUUGCAUCUAAUACAAUGUGGACGCCAACUCCUAAACACAAGAUGAAAACAUUCAACUGGACCAAAGUCCCAUCUCAUACUAUAUCAUCCCAUGAAAAUGUCUGGAAAGAAAUCUUGGACAUGCAGGAUCACAUCAGCGUGAAGUAUGAAGCCUUGGAGCAGCUGUUCUGCCAGAAGCAGAUUAUGAAGGCCAAAGAAAACGAGAAGAAAAAAGUGAAACCGCCAUCGGAGAUUUUACUACUUGAUACGAAAAGGAGUAUGAAUGUAAAUAUCUUCCUGAAACAGUUCAAAUGCAGCCACAGUGAAAUCAUAUCAAUGAUUGAGUCUGGCGAUAUGAAUGCCAUUGGUUCAGAGCGCCUGCGCGGUUUGCAAAAAAUACUUCCGGAAGCCGAUGAGGUAAACCUGGUGAAAGGUUUCGAGGGCGACAAAGAAAAGCUAGGCAAUGCAGAGAAAUUCUUCUCCGUAUUCAUUCAGUUACCAGCCUUUAAAAUCCGUAUCGAUGGCCUGGUUCUAAAGGACGAGUUUCGACUUACUAUGGACUCGUUACUACCUAACAUCACUGCCUUUGUGAGCGCGUGCCAGCACCUCUUGGAGAACGAAUCCUUCAAAGUCUUCUUACGUUACGUAUUGCACGCUGGGAAUUUCAUGAAUGCGGGAGGUUACGCUGGCAAUGCCAUGGGGUUCCGCAUCAACUCCUUGAAUAAGCUGAUGGACACGAGGGCCAACAAGCCGCGGGUCACCCUCCUGCACUACCUGGUGGGGGAGGCAGAGAAAGAGAACCAGGACGCCCUCACCUUCGUGGAGGAGCUCUCCCCAGAUCUGGCCAAAGCGUCAAAGUUCACUGUAGACUCUUUAACAGCGGAAGUGAGACAAAUUAAAACCAGUGUUACUAAACUCCAUAAAGAUCUAGAGAGCUGUCCAGAUGACGUCAAAAACCAACUCAAAACUUUUAUACAAGAUGCUGAAAAGGAGAUGGAGGCAUUGGACAAAGGUCUGCAGAAAAUAGCCGAGCUGACGAAACAACUGGUUAAUUACUUCUGUGAAAACGAGAAAAGUUUCAAGAUAGAGGAAUGCAUCAGUAACUUAAACACGUUCUGUGAUCGGGUGAAACAAUGCCAAAAGGAGAAUCUGCAGAGGAAACAGCAAGAAGAGAAAGCUGAGCGUAGAAAGAAACAACAACAGGAAAUGGCUAGCAGACGGGCCAAAAGUGGCCCUACUGUAAUAGAACCAGAAGAGGACGGCUGUAUAAUAGAUCGUCUGUUACAGGAUAUUAAGAAGGGAUUCAAGCUCAGGAAAACAAGCCCAUCACCUUCAUCUAGCAACAAGAAAGACGUCAAAAGCUCACCUCUCCCUUCUCCAAAGCGAGUCGUUAAAAUGGCGUCAUCUCCUUCGUUGGAUGUGCGAACCACAAAGGUUUCGUCAUCAGUGGUUGACACGGUGAAAGAAAACAACGAGGAAAUUCGGACAAGUGACAAUGGUAGCAAGGAAUCGGGCACGGAAUGGUCAGAGACCUCCAUUAAAGACCCCCAAAAAACACAACCGGAAUGUUCUUCCGAGAACUUGUCAAUUAUUUCUAAAUCACAAUCAAAUAAUGAUCAAAAUAAUGACGUUGAGUGUGUAGUUGAUGACGUUAAAAUUUGUGUCGCUGAUGGCGGUGAAAAGUCUCCUGUCGGCGAAAACGGGAUUUCCACGCAAUCUUCGGAAGAGGUCCCAGUAAAACUUUCAGUGACAGACUCACAGGCGUAAUUGCAUGGAAUUAAAAACAUGCAAUAUUUUCCGAUAUUGUGAUAUUUGGAGUUGUACAAUUUAUGAAUUCCAUUCUGUAUUUAUGUUUAAUUUAGUAUCAAAUUAAAAUAUUUUUGAUUUAU